CUGAAACAUGGCGGUAACCAUAGCCAAGUGCCUGGCAGCUCAUGUCUGUUUUUUAUUAAUAUCUUUAAUAUUUCACUCUGCUUUUGCCGACAGCCCUGCCGGAGACAUGCCACAUCGGCGCUUCGAGUACAAAUACAGUUUCAAAGGGCCGCAUCUGACUCAGAGUGAUGGAAGAAUCCCAUUCUGGGUUCAUACUGGGAAUGCCAUUCCAAGUUCGGAUCAGGUCCGAAUCACCCCUUCUUUGCGCAGUCAGAAGGGUUCAGUAUGGACAAAAUCUCCUGUAAAUUUUGAAAACUGGGAGGCUGAAGUUGUAUUCCGUGUGUCCGGACGAGGGCGGAUGGGAGCUGAUGGGCUGGCCAUAUGGUUCACGACUGUUCAAGGUUUGGAGGGCCCUGUGUACGGGGCUGCCGAUCAGUGGAACGGUGUGGGAAUAUUCUUUGACUCAUUUGAUAAUGAUGGAAAGAAAAAUAACCCUGCUGUCCUGGUGGUGGGUAACAAUGGAAAACUUGUUUAUGAUCAUCAGAAUGAUGGGACAACCCAGUCCCUGGGUACAUGCCUUAGAGAUUUCAGGAACAAACCCUACCCUGUACGCGCCAAAAUCAUCUACUACAAGAAAACAUUAUCGGUUUUCAUCAAUAACGGCUUCACUCCUGAUAAAGACGACUAUGAGUUCUGCACCAAAGUUGAGAACAUGAUCAUUCCUGAUACCGGAUACUUUGGCAUCUCUGCAGCCACUGGGGGACUUGCAGAUGACCAUGAUGUGCUGUCAUUUUUUCUUUUCAGACUUACAGAGCCUGGGCAGGAUCUGCCUCCCCCUGAAAAAGAGAUUCCCAAAGAGGAGAAGGACAAGUACCAAGAGGAAUUUGAAAAUUUCCAACAAGAGCUGGACAAAAGGAAAGAGGAGUUUCAGAAAGAGCACCCUGAUGUUCAGGGGCAGCCCAUUGAGGACCUGUAUGAGAGCGUGAAUGACCGGGAGAUCCGUCAGGUGUUUGAGGGCCAGAAUCAACUCCAUCUGGAAAUCAAGCAGUUGAAUCGGCAGCUGGCCAUGAUUCUGGACGAACAACGCCGUUACGUGUCCGUCCUCACAGAAGAGAUCUCCAAACGCACAUCGCAACCACAGUCAGGACAGGCUCCCAGUCAUGAAAUGGACACGAUUAUCAACACACAACAGGAGGUUUUGAGAAACCUUAAUGAAGUAAGGAAUUCGUUGGCAGGCUCGCUGAAGCAGUUAGCAGUGGGUCAACAGCAGGGUAACACAGGUGGCCUGGGAACAUAUGAGACAGUCCAGCACUUCAAUGACAUAAAAGAGCAUUUACACGAAGUCAAGAGGAACAUCGAACAUAUAAUUCAGAAAAAUGUGAAUCCUGCAGAGAAAAUGAAAUGUCCUGAACUUCCUCCAUCACCCAGCUGCCUCUCCACCACACACUUUAUGAUCUUUAUCGUCAUUCAGUCCCUCCUCUUCUUCGGCUAUGUAAUGUACAAGAGUCAACAGGAAGCUGCAGCUAAGAAGUUCUUUUGAUGAAGUAGAGCUCUUGGUAAUCACAGCACAACGUGUACAUGAGGAAUUGUCCAUUUUUGUUCAUUUCCAGUUUGUUUGUUUUUCUGUUUGCAAACUGUAAAUUAUUAUGCUUGAAAAGUAUUUUGUUUGAGGAUUUUUUUUGUUUUGUUUUGGGGUUUUUUAUCAGAGUUGUACAGGGUUUGAAUGGCUGCUCUUUUUCCAAGUGUGUGUUACAUUUUACCAAAUAUGAUUUAAUAUAUUCCUUAGAUGCCUAACAUUAUAUUUACAUUUAAAGACCAGUCCAAGGAUCAUUUUAAAAACCUCAAUCACUGUCCCCAGGCAUUUUCUGAACUGUGGUAAAAGUUGCUGCAAUAUUAUAAAGCAUUUGAACAAGUCCUUUGGUGCAUGCUUUACAAGAAGGCUGUUUUUAUUAUUAUUAUUAUUAUUAUUAUUAUUAGUUUUAUUCUUACAAAAGUGUUAAAGCCUAAUUGUAUUGGUGGAAACAAGCACCUCAAAGGUGAAUACGUGUUUUGAAUCUUUAAAACAUGGGAAAUAUGUUUUUCUUCUCAAACAAUUUACAUAAAAAAAAACUAUUUGAAUGACCUUCGUGUUGCCUCUUUCUGCCAACUUACCAAAACAUUUUGUCCAAAAAAAUGUUUUUUAAACGUUCACCAUAGGGGCUGUUCAGGCGGAACACAUUCUCAGGUUAAAAAAUGCUAGAUGCAGCAGAAUGAAUGGAACAGAAUGCGGGUGUCUCAAAAUGUGUUUUUCAAAGUUAACGUUCUUUUUUUUAACUUAACAUGGCAUCUUAAAGGGAUAGUUCACCCAAAAAUGAAAAUUUUCUCAUAAUUUACUCACCCUCAUGCCAUCCAAGAAAGUGUAUGACUUUCUUUUGCUGAACAAUAUUUUUAGAAGAAUAUAUCUGCUCUGUAGUUCCAUACAAUGCAAGUGAAUGAUGGCCAGAACUUUGAAAGUCCAGAUCAAUAUUUUAGUCCUUAACAUGCUUCUUUUGUUUUUGGCGAUUCACAUUUUUAUGCAUAUCGCCACCUAUUGGGACUUACAUUGAUCUGUUUCUCACCCACACCUAUCAUAUCGCUUCUGAAGACAUGGAUUUAACCACUGGAGUCAUAUGCAUAUGUUUACUGCUGCCUUUAUGUGCUUUUUGGACCUUUAAAGUUCUGGUCAGCAUUCACUUGUAUUGUAUUGUAUGGACCUUCAGAGCUGAGAUAUGGUUCUAAAAAUCUUUGUUUGUGUUCAGCAGAAGAAAGAAAGUCAUACACAUCUGGGAUAGCAUGAGGGUGAAUAAAUGAUGAGAGAAUUUUCAUUUUUGGGUGAAAUAUCCCUUUAAAAUGUAGUGCUCGUGAAAGAUGAUGCCACCAUAGAUACAACCCCAUCACAAUAAAUCUGGAGUUGGUGUACUUUUUAUUUGAAUAGAUAAGUAUAUUCUAGUAUAACUCUUGUGUCUAUGUGCCUUGUAAAAAAUUGCACAUUUAUAAUUGGAAAAAAAUAUUAAUAACCCAUAACAUUUAUCUUAAAACAUGUUUUGUGCCAACCCUGUUACAUUCAAAAUGUGCAAAAAUAUCUAAUAUCAUUGCACUGGCAAUGCAUUUCUAAGCACAGUUUUCUUGUGUUAUAUAAUUCACAUAAAAGGCACAUUAAAAUGAAAGUGACAUAUGUAAAUUAAGCUGAUAUGCCAAUGAAAAACAAAGAAAUAAAUUGUAUGUUUUACUUAUUACGUUCUUUUGCAUUACACACUAAA